UUUAAAAAAAGCAAAAGAGAAUAAAUGAAAUGAUGUAUGACUGUAGUGGAAAGAAGGAUGGUUGGUAAGCAUAGAAGGGGACGAUUUGGUGUAAAGUAGAUUUACUUGUAUUUCAUAAGCAUCCCAGAUCAUUAGAAUAACGCUCCUAUUUCCUUCUGCUUUAGUCAACAUGCUCAUGUAUGCCCUAAGAAAUCUAGUUCAAACCAAACUGAACUGAUUUUGAAGCUGAGUAGCCAGUUGCUGUUUAAAAUGCCAAUCGUUUAACGAGGAGGCAUCCAAAUGCCUUUGCCAAGGAUUUUAUUCUCAAGGACUUCCCAUUUGCAAAAAAAAAUUACUGAUCUAGGUUUAGAUAUUACAACUGUGCCUCUGUUACCAUUCGAAUACUUUUUCUAUUUCUUAACCUAAAUAUUUCCGAUUUCAUCAGUACUGGCUAUAAGCUUUUAUGAUAAAUGCUCCUUUUAUGUAAUCUGACUUUGAGUCUAAAUGUCAUGAAGAGCAGAUUUAAUCUGGCACUUUUUCACAGUCCUGUUUUAAUUUAUUUUUCAUUACCCAGGGAAACCAUUUGAGGUCACAACCAUUAUGACAACUGCAGUUUCCAAUAUCAUUGUUUCCAUUCUAUUUGGCAAACGGUAUGACUAUGAAGAUGCCACAUUUCUACGGCUACUGAAGUUAAUCAAUGAAAAUAUGCAACUUUCAGGAGCCUUGGAUAUAUUGAUAUAUAACUUAUUUCCCAGAUUGGCGUCCCUUUUCGGUUCUCAUAAGAGAAGACUGAAGAAUAGAAAAGAACUCCAUGAUUUCCUACAAGCCAUGUUUAUAGAACGUCUCAAAGAUCUUGAUGAAAAUGACCCAAGAAGUUUUAUCGAUUCAUUUCUUAUUCGGCAAAGAGAGGAGAAGAAGACGACGACUGAGGGAUAUUUCCACUAUGAAAACCUUAAAGCUGUUGUGGACGACUUAUUUGUUGCUGGUACAGAAACGACUGCAACCACACUGCGCUGGGCCAUACUCCUAAUGAUGAAGUACCCAGAAAUUCAGAGAAAGGUCCAAGAAGAAAUUGCAGAGGUGAUUGGAGAUCUCCAGCCAAGGACAGAACACCGAGCAAGAAUGCCUUACACCGAUGCAGUAAUUCAUGAAGUUCAACGGUUUGGUGAUAUUAUUCCAAUCAAUUUGCCACAUGCAACCAGCAUGGACAUCACUUUCAAAGGCUUCUUCAUUCCCAAGGGCACACACAUUGUUCCAUUGCUGUCAUCAGUGCUCCAAGAUGAAUCUCAGUGGGAGAAACCUCAUGAAUUCUACCCUGAGCAUUUUCUUGAUUCGGAAGGAAAAUUUGUGAAAAAAGAUGCAUUCCUGCCUUUCUCUGCAGGUCGGAGAGUAUGCGCUGGUGAGAACCUUGCCAAAAUGGAGCUCUUCCUCUUCUUUACAAGCCUCCUGCAGAGAUUUACCUUCCAGCCACCCCCAGGAACAUCUAAAGAUGACCUGGACCUAACCCCUGCAUUUGCGUUUACAACCCCUCCUAUGCCUUACAAGACCUGUGCCAUACCAUGUUCAUAAGAGACAAGACAUUGAUAACAGCCCUUUUCUCAGCCUUGGACAAUGCAAGUCUGUAUGGUCUUGGCUUAAUAGGUUGUUUGAAACUGAACUGUAAUGAUUUGCAUACACAUAAAAUCUAGAUUCUGAAAAAGUAGGGAAAUCAUGACAUGCUAAGUACUUUGUACUCUUAUUACUGAUUUUUUUUCUUUUGGAGCCAUUUCUUUCCUUUUAUCUUUUACUAUUUUUUCUGCCCUAAAAUUUUCUAUUUCUUUUGCUUUUACUUAUUUUAAUUCAUUUUUUAAGCAAUAUAGAUGUUUUUACAAUAGUUAAACAUACUUAUAUAUUUGUUUGUUUCAACAAGUUAUUGAUUGGGUUGUAGCAACAGUAACAGUAAUAGUAAUAGAAAAAGUCCAGUGUCUAGACUGCUUAGCUGGUUUCCAAGUGUGUUGUCUCUUCAUUAAACAUAUUUUGGC